GAGGACUGAUCAGCCAUGACAAAGAAGAAAGCAUCAUCAUCACCCAUACGCCACGUCGUGAGGCUUUUCUCAAGGCUCACGAUCUUUCUAUGUGUCCUGCUUUGUCUGUUGGCUUUUCUCAUGCUGCACCACUCUCAGUCCAAGCUCCAAACACCAAUCUUUCCUUCUCCAACCACUCGUAGAUUACGUGAUGAUCAUCACUUUGAAGGCCCUUCAAAGAUUGCCUUUCUCUUCCUUGUUCGCCGAGACCUUCCUCUUGAUUUUCUCUGGGGUGCCUUCUUCAAGAAUGGAGAUGAAGCCAAGUUCUCUAUUUAUAUUCAUUCGGAGCCCGGUUUUGUGUUUGAUGAGACGACAGCAAGUUCAGCAUUCUUUUAUGGCCGACAGUUAAAAAAUAGCAUUCAGGUAGUAUGGGGAGAAUUAAGUAUGAUAGAGGCAGAACGGUUAUUACUUGAUAAAGCUCUUGAUGAUCCAGCCAACCAGAGAUUUGUUCUUCUCUCUGAUAGUUGUGUCCCUUUGUACAACUUUAGUUACAUCUACAAUAAGGUGAUGUCUUCUCCAAAAAGUUUUGUGGACAGCUUUCUUGAUGCCAAAGAACGUCGCUACAAUCCCAAGAUGUCGCCUACUAUACCGGAGGAAAAAUGGCGAAAAGGAUCCCAGUGGAUCACUUUGGUUAGAAGACACGCAGAAAUUAUCGUGGAUGAUGACAUUAUUUUUCCUGUCUUCAGGAAAUUUUGCAAGCGACGGCGGCGGCCACCUAUAAACUCGAUGAAGAGAAGGCAACUUCUAAACUUUCUUGCCAUUGAUUUCAGAUUUCUAUUCCCAUGGCUGAAGCACCACAACUGUAUUCCAGAUGAACAUUACGUGCCGACAUUACUUGCAAUGAGAGGGCUUGAAGGCGAACUUGAAAGAAGAACAUUGACCUACACCUCAUGGAAUCAGUCUGCAAUGAGAGAGAAAAGAAGAUCUUGGCACCCUAUCACGUUCGAUUAUGCAGAUGCAAACCCUCAUAAAAUCAAAGAAAUAAAGGAUAUCAACCAUGUCUACUAUGAGUCCGAACACCGGACUGAAUUCUGCAGAAUCAAUUCUAAACUUAGUCCGUGUUUCUUAUUUGCAAGAAAGUUCACAUGUCGAGCGGCCAUCCGCCUUUCGAAUGAAGGAUUACUCAGUCCAUACAUUACUCAUACAAUAUCAAAUACAAGGCCAUGGAUGACCUCAUUAAACUUGAAAAGAAAAGGUAACCAAGAUAUGUAACUCUUGCAGAAUUGGGGAGUGGCAUAGAAAAUUUUACAGAAUGUUACCUAUUGUAGAGGUACCAAGCGGUUUCUUAUGCCACAAUGCUUGUGCUAUAAAUUUUGAGAUCCAAAGAGAGCCAAUGUUUUUUUAUCAA